AGAGGUGAGGAGAAGCAGCACUGCAACAACUCAGCAGUCGCUGAGGACACGGCCGCAGCCGUGGCCACGGUAGCAACCCUCGAUGCGCAGAUGCAAGACCUGCUGCUGCGGAUCUCCGCUCUGGAGGCAAAGGUCAAACAGCAGAGUCGACAUGAACUGAUCCUUCUCUUCCUUGUUAGCACCUAUUUCCUCCUCAAAUUAAGUAACUCUGUAUUCCGUACUUGA